AUGCCUAACAUGAACGACUAUGACUCCAUCGAUUCGGCCCAUGAGAUGUUUCUCAGCUACCUAUAUCAGUACUUGGUGCUGAGCGGCUGCCACCAGAGCGCUCACAACUUGAUCAAGGAGGCUCGUGUGCAAUUGAAGAGCGAUUUGUCGGGCGCCUACCUUUAUGACUUCUGGUGUCUCUUAUGGAAUCUGCAUAACCUGUCUCGCAUGUCCAAUCCUAUGCCACCGCCACCGCUUCCGGGCUCUAGAAUGUACAACAUUGCUGAGGGCCAGCCUGUGGCGGCUAAUUCCAACAUGGCGACUUCUGCCUCCUCUACGCCGACGCCGGCAGCACCCGACUUCCGUGGCCGUCAGUAUAUCGCGGGCAAGCAGAUGCUGCAACAACAACAGCUGCAACAACAGCAGCACGUUCCUCAACCAGCGCCAUCAACACAACAACAACUGCAAAUUCCGCAACAACCGCAUCCACAACAACAACCGCUAGUGCAGCAACAACAACAACAACUUCUGCAACAACAUCAACAACAACAACAACAACAACAACAACAACAACAACAACAACAACAACAACAACAACAACAACCGCUGCAACAACAGCCACAAGCACUUCUGCUUCUGCAACUGCAACUGCUGCAGCUUCUGCAACAACAACUUCUGCAACAACAACUUCUGCAACAACAACUUCUGCAACAACUUCUUCAACAGCAACUGCAACAGCAGCAACAGCAGCAACAGCUUCAACAGCAACAGCUUCAACAACAACUCCAACAACAACUGCUGCAACAACUGCAACAACUGCAACAACUGCAACAACUGCAACAACUGCAACAACUGCUUCCCAAGCAGCAGCCAAGGAUUGCACAACAACUGCAGCAGCAACUGCCCCACCAUCAGCUGCAUCCAGUCCAACUCCAGCUUCAACCACAACAUCAAACACAGCUUCAGCAGCCACUUCAACCACAACCACAACCACAACCACAACCACAACCACAACCACAACAGCUUCUGCAUCAACAACUCCUGCAACAUCAGCUUCUGCAGCAUCAACAACUGCAGCAGCUUCUGCAACAUCAACAACAACAACAGCUUCUGCAACAUCAAAACCACCAACAGCUUCUGCAGUCUCAGCUGUCUCAGCAACAACAACUACCACCUCAAGAUAUCCAGCAUAAGCACCAACACGAACAGCCCAUCUUGGUGCCAGGCCAUCCACCCCUCGUUAUGCGCAAAGGCUACUCACAGUCACCUGCUCCAACAAAACAGGGUGUCUCGCCAGUUUACGGUCCGGAACAAUCCUUGUCUCAAAACACGCCAAAUGUGGCUACUCAAAACCAUUUCAUGCAACAAGCUGAUCGCAACUAUGGCCAGUUUGUCAUGAAGGAUGCUAACGCAGAGUCUGUGGGCAAUAUGAAUGGAAAUGGACUCAAUAGUGGUGUGAAUAUUGUCAAUAAUGUUAACGGUCCGUCCAACACCAAUGGCCAGUCCAACAUCAAUGGUAUGACAGGUGUCAAUAAUAUGUCGAAGGACAUCUCCAUCCCCACGCGAGCAUCCAGUGCUGGGGGGCAAAUGAAUAUGAACGCCAUGGCUAUUAAUGGCCUAAAUUUUGACAUGAAUAUGGGUAUGGGCUCUGAUUUGGUGGGCAACAAUGCAAGUUUAAACAACGUCAAUAUCGGCAUGCCUGGUAAUAUCGACGGCAACAUGAAUUUUGGCGGAGAUGCUGACAACAGUGACUUGCUCUUUGGAACCCCGUUGACUAUGAGCUUUUGA